ACAAAAACCAAAUGUUAUUUCAAACAAACCUUUAAUGUUUGCCGGAUCUACUAUAAAUAUGGCAUAAAUCUCACUAGAAAGGCUCUCCCAAACAUCCACUUAGUCUAACUUAUAAAUACAUACUCAUGCAUAUAUUGACCCUUUUUCCUAACAGGAUAAUUGAGCCCUUGGUGUUUGGAGACUACCCCACGAUUAUGAAGAAAAAUGCUGGAUCCAGGCUUCCUUCUUUCACCCAAAAAGAGUCUGAACAAGUUAAGGGCUCGUUUGACUUCAUUAGCCUGAAUCAUUACACAUCUUCGUAUGUUGCUGACAACUCUGAAAUUUCCUAUACUGACCUGCGAGAUUAUAAUAAGGACAUGUUUGCCAAAACUAGAGGUUUUUUGAAUGAAACAUCAAGUCAGGGUCCUCCAACUUGUAUGCUCAAUGAUCCCUUGGGUUUUCAAAAUAUGUUGGAAUACGUCAAAGAGAGAUUUGCUAAUCCUUUAGUUUACAUUGAAGAAAAUGGCUAUGGAUUGGGAGCCAACAGAACGGUCAAUGACACAGACAGGAUUGAGUACUUGAGAGAUUAUAUUGGAAGGAUUCUUGAUGCAAUAAGGUAU